GUCCGCUGGCUGUAACGCUCUGCAUCUUCGAGCGUCGCUGCACUGUGACACACACCUGCUCUCGAGACAUGCACCUGCCGCAUCACGGGGGAACACAUUCAUACAUCUGUUCCUCAGACUGUAAACACGUUCCAAGGGUUGACCUCUGACCACACCUCAGUGGGCAAAAGCUUGGAAGGAACAGCACAGCAUUAUGGGACUAGGAAGUGAAGAUAAAAUAAGUGAGAAUGUCAAAACAUUGGCUUAAGGGGGCUUUCUGAAUCCUUUGCACUAAAUUCUUAAUUAAGAAUUCAUUAUUUACCUGGCUGUUAGUUGUGUUAGCGACUAUGAGUGAGAGAUACCUUGGGACUCCAACAGUCACCACCUAGAAGCUGUCCCGAAUUGUUAGGAGUUGUAUAAAUUUCCCUUCACAUCCUGGUCCUCCAGGACUGGUGUCGUUGCUAAUGUAAUGCUUGUCAUGGCAAGCGUGACUGAUGCGGAGGAGUCUGCAAGCGACUGUACCACGCCAAUAGUGAAACCGCUUCCAUUUCAGCCCUCUACAACCUCAACGAAUUCUCCUAGUCAUGGACAUGACAGCACUUCUUGUCCUCCACCACCGCCUCCGCCUCUUCCUCCUCCACCCCAGGUUCAACCGCAUGCUUCACGCAAGAAACGACGGGUGCGGAGCUUCUUCUGGAAAACCAUUCCAGAGGAGAAAGUUCGGGGGAAACCCAACAUUUGGACUCUAGCAGUGAGACAGCAGCAGUAUCAGAUUGACGUGAGGACAGUGGAGGAGCUCUUUGGCCAGCAAGAGGAGGUUCGAACCCAAACAAGCAGUGGACAUCCUCGUCCCGGGAGAUCCAGAGGUUCAUUUAAGGAGAGCAAGGAUCAGAUCAGCAUCUUGGACUCCAAGAGAGGAAUGAACAUUGGGAUUUUCCUCAAACAGUUCAAGAAGUCCAAUCAUGCAAUAGUAGAAGACAUUCGUCUGGGCAACAGUAAGCAAUAUGGAGCAGAACCGCUGAAAGAACUGCUCAAACUUCUACCAGAAGCACCCGAGGUGAAAAGAUUGCUGGAAUUCAAAGGAGACCCAAAUAAGCUGACACUGGCUGAUUCCUUCAUGUUCCUGCUGAUUCAACUGCCUUGCUAUGAAGUGCGUAUUGAGGCUAUGGUACUUCAGGAAGAGUUCCUUCCGUCCUGUGCUGUCAUGAGUCAUGAGAUUAACAUUGUGCGUCAGGCUACUGAAGAACUAAUGACUUGUGAAGAGCUCCAUGCCAUUUUACACUUGGUUCUCCAAGCAGGAAAUAUCAUGAAUGCAGGUGGCUACGCAGGCAAUGCUGUGGGCUUCAAUCUGUCCUCGCUUCUCUCUCUGGCUGACACGAAGGCCAACAAGCCUGGCAUGAACCUGCUUCAUUUUGUGGCACUAGAAGCUCAGAAGAAGGAUGAGGCCCUUUUGAAGUUCUCAGAGAAGCUAACACAUGUUCAGAGUGCAGUCAGAAUUUCAGUUGAAAAUAUAGAAGCAGAGUUUUCCUCUCUCUAUGUAAAAACACGUUCCUUGGAGCAGAAGAUUCGGGAUGAUGAUGAGCUGCGACAGCAGCUAGAUCCAUUUUUGCAGAGCUCUACACAGGCCCUGCAGGACCUUAAACAUCGCAGGCUGGACUUGCGCAAAGAGGGUAACGCCCUCAUUGACUUCUUCUGUGAAGACAAAGACACCUUCAAACUGGAUGAGUGCUUUAGAAUUUUCCAAGAUUUCUGUCUAAAGUUCAAAAAAGCUGUAAAGGACAACCUGGACAGGGAACUGAAAGAGGAAGCUAGACAACGUCGCUUACGGGAACUGGAAGAUAGACGGUGUGCCUGGGGUGCAGCCAAUGCUGAGGCAGGUAGUAGUGAAGGUUUUGGUCGCAGCAGCAGUGAAAAUGAUGUUGACAUCCUAACCAAAGAAGGCCUUCUGGACUUCCUGCUUCAAUCAAGACCUCAAAGUCCACACAGUCCUUUGGGGCGCUCGGCUAGUGCCCGCCGUUACCAUCACACAGAGUUCAUCUCUCCGUCUGCAGCAAGUGACUAUACGAAAUUCAGCAGCCUGCCACGUUCAGGCAGGAACCAUCAACGAAAUACAUUGGCAUGGCUUCUCUUACAGGAUGAUAAUAGGGAGCUGGGUCCACAAAGUCAGGUUUACCAUGAAAAGCUAGCUUCUUCACCAAAGGCUGAGACAGAACCCAUCAGUCCUUUAGCUAGAUACUCAAGUUUUUGCUACAACACGAACAAUAGUCCCUACAAUAAUAAUAAUAAUUACACUUCUCUCUCAGAAGGUGGAGUUACACCUCGAAUAAGUAACACAAAGAACGGGAUAUCUGGUCAAAGUGUUGGACACAUAAAUGUCUCAGUGGAGAAACACAAAUUAGUUCCUGGUCUUCUACCCUUUGAGAUAACCAGCCAAAUCAAUAAUAACAAUCAUGUUUCUGUGGAUAACCAGUGUGAAGUGGUUGUAACAGAUUUGAAAAGGAAUGAAAACUCUCCUAAAUUAUUUGUCCUUGAUACACCCCCAUCUAGUCAAAGUUCUGAGGCGGGACCUAAACCAGAAAAAUUAUGGAGUGACGAAAUGAUCUCAUCACAGAGAGAGGAAGCAGACUCGAGUACUUUUUCCUCAACAACUUGUGACACCCCGUUGCCUCUGGAUCCCACUGUUUCCAGUAAGAAAUCUGUGUUGUAUGUCAUGGACUGCACUGAGACGGAUUGCUCCAUUGUGUUGGACUGUUCCGAGAUUGAGAGUUCUCCUAACAUAAAAGAAAGAUCUGAACUUAACCCAAAGCCACAGGAAUCCAACCUUCCAAGAGUUAUUCAGGAAACCGAUUCACUUUCCUCCAAUUUUGAGUCCAUCGAUUGUCACUUUGUGUCAACGUCAAUUGAUGAACCCCUCCCGGGAAUGGUCAAUCAAGCAUGUCCAGAAUCUGUCAGUCCAUCUGUAACUGCUGAGGAAGCAGAGACAGAUAGCUGUGACACAGCUGAAGGGCGAAGAGUUGGCGAGAAAGCAUCUCAGACUGGUAGACCCAAAACAAAACUUGUCAAAACUAAGAUUCCAUCCAAAGUAAUUGCUUAUGCAAGCCGCCCGACAAGAAACCUCACAGCAACUGAGACUCAGAACAUGCGCAAAGUGGUGCCAAUUACAAGACAGAAUCGAUCUAGUAGCAGCGUGAGGAAAGCCGAAAAACCUCCCGGACAUGAAAAUAUUGAACCCAGACGUCCACUUCGUGACCAAAGCAUGCCAGCCAGAAGAGGCGAGAGGCAAGGUAGACCUACACGACAUUCAAGUCUCCCUCCAGAGGAUCCCAGGGCACCAAGAGGAGCAACGCCAAGCACCUCUCUGUGGGCGAAGGACUCAGCUCAACACAGACCUUCCAUUAAGAAAACGAAUUCCAAAACUGUUCGCAACAUUUCAAAACCAGCACCAGAGGAAAAGAUGUGUCGUUCCACGAUGCGUGCCUUGGCCCAAGCUCAAGCCCAAGGAACCUCAGAAGGACAAACACCUGACAGUCCUAGCAACACCCCAAAAAGUUCUUCGCCUUUGCCUAGCUUUGCUCGCAACACUGUGGCGUCUUCUUCCAGAACUAUAAAAGACUUGCCCUCACCUGCUGUAUCAGGAACACCAUCAAAGAGCUUAUCCAGGAGUAGCUCUCAGAGAUUGCCUGGUGGUAGAACGGACUCUGUCAGUAGUGGAUCUUUGCCAAAGAGUGGGGAUCAACCUAUUAGGAGGGUUCAGAGUGUAAAGGCCUCCAGUCAAAUCAGUGAGACAACUCCUUCAGAGUCUGGACGAGAGCGCUCCCUUAAAAGUAGCAGUUUCUCAGAGAAAUCCAUACAGAUUAGAGACUCCAUCUUGAGCAGGACCAACAAACCCACAUGGAAGUAGAGUGAACAGAUUUUACAGUGGCUCUAAAACACUGUUAAACAAGGAUGAUCAACAUUUUCUGCAUAAUUUCUGCACAAUAGCCUCUUAAAUUAUUCUGAAUGUAUCUAAUGACUUUUUAAAUGUAGCAGAAGUUGUGUCACUGGAUGCUCAGUCGAACAGAAAGUAUACUAUGGUUUUUAGGUGUACGCGAAGGUCCGCGUAGAGUGAGUGUGACACAAAUAUCUUUAACAGAAUAAGUAAGCACACCACCACCUGAUUUUUGUAACUGUGCAAACUUUACACACAGGUGACACAUGUACAUUGAAUUUAUUUUGCACUAAUCAGUUGUUCCACGAGUUGGAAGCACAGGCCCAAGCCAUUGCUUUACAGUAGAAAAUGAAACUAAAAAGACGAAACACCUACAAAAAAAGACAGCCACACUGACAAGCGCUUGCAUGAGGAGGUUAUGAGAGAGCAGCAACUUUAGUUUAACCUGUUAGCGUUCCACGGUACACUGCAUGUUUUAGGCAAUUUCAGCUAAUUUUACAGGAAUGCUAAGGGGUUAAAAG